AUGAGACGUGCUGUAGCAGAUUUAGAACUUACUAAAAUAAUUAAAUCACAAGAAGCACUUGAUCUAGGUUUUAGAUUGAGGUACUUAGACAAAAUGAAUGUUCCACAAAAUACAUCAUUUGACUGGAGAUUUGGAGUAAGAACUACUGAAAAACCGAGAUAUAUACUUGUUGGUUUUCAAACGAAUAGAGAAGGAAAUCAAGUACAAAAUGCUUCAUUAUUUGAUCAUUGUGAUUUAAAAAAUAUGUGGAUUGAACUUAAUGAAGAAAGAUAUCCUGCUACUAAUUAUAAUUUAUCAUUUCCAAAUAUGAAAAUUACUAGAGCUUAUAGACAUGCAUCAAAUUUUGCUGAAGAUUAUUAUAAUAUGACAAAUCUUAUUAGUCUAUGUGGUAUAACUCCUUCAGACUAUAGAGAUUUAUAUCCUAUUAUGUAUUUUAAUGUAAGUAAACAAUCAGAAAGAAUGAAAGAUUCAAUAGUAGAUAUUAGACUUUAG